GGACGGAGGUUGAUGGAGGUGGCGGAGCUUGGCAUGUAAAUCCAACGGCUAGUCCCACCCACUUUUGCUCUGCCGCCGGAGUGGACUUGCGAUGGCGGGGUUGUUUCCGCGGCACCAGGCUCUUUACAAGGGCCUCCGGACCCCACCGUGGAAGGAGACUUUCCGGCAGCGCUGUGUGGAGAGACUGAAAAGUAGUCGGGCCAGGCUUCUAGAAAGAUAUCGUCAAGUCGGAGAACAUGGAGCUCACAGACCAAAUGAAGCCUUGCUGGUACAGGAAGUGAUGGAAGUUGAAUGGAAAGUUUUGCAGUCUGUAGAUGCUCAACUACCCUCUCUCAGAAAGCAAUAUUCUUCCCAGAUGCUUGAAGAACUGGCUGUAUUGGAUGAAAUCCAGCAGGAGCUGAUCUUGCAAGAACAGUUGGCCGCAGAAGAGUAUGAGCGAAGCCUGCAGUUUGAUGAGGAGUGCCUCAACGCAAUGCUUGCUGGCUUGGAUGCAGAGCACCACAUCAUCUGUCCUGUUUGUAGAAGGAACAAUCUCAGUGUGAUGAGUAGCAAGGUCGUGUGCCAGUGUGGAUUGUGCAUCUAUACCCUGGGGAUGACUGCGGAAAAGCUCCAGUUGCUCUUAGAGGAAUGCCUGAUGGAACAUAGUCAACACUGUCAGCAUUGUCCUGAAUUCACUGUAACUAAUAUGAUGGAAGGAGAAGCUAAUCUUCUUAUGAGCUGUCAGGCUUGUGAUUCCUGGACAGUGAUUUUUUAAUUUCAUCUGUUGUAACACUACUGUGGAAAGACAACACUGCUAAGUCUUUUUCCCCUCUUCCGAGAAGGAUGUGUAUGUAUAUAAUACCCACAAUGUAUAUAAGAACAAAAAUGUCCUCUAUUUUUUAAAAUUUAACUGGAUCUAUGCUAUAUUUUGCAAACUGCUGAUGAAUAAACUCUCUCCUUUUGUGAUAAGAGCUGGGGAUUAUAGGUCUCGAGCAGACUUUUCUGAGUGCAGCACUUCUUUGUACAAAUUCUUGGAAAUUUUGAUCCAGAUUACGUGUACUUUCAUAAGGGAUUAAGAGCACUACUGUGUAUGAAGAAGCACCUGUUUCCACUUGGUGACAUUUUUGUUUAAAGGAGCUCAGAUAACAGAAGGGGAUGGAUAUAUUUCAUUCUCGGAUGUAUCUAAAGACCAGGGCCAACCACUAUACAGCUAAGGUUGGCCAACAUAUCACUCACAAGCUCUGAGUGUUUCUGUCAAACAACACUGGCUAGUGGUCUGAUUGAGUAUUGAAAGCAGCCUCAUGUGUGUCAUCCUUCUAAUAACACAUGGAAAUAAAGUUGGUGUUUUCCUGCGGUGAGCAGCUGUUCCUUCCUCCCAAAUAUGCUGGUGAACUUCAGAGCUGUGAUUAAAAAAAAGGGGGGGGGGAGGGUGAAAUUAGCUUCCCCAAUAACUAGGAAGACUGUGGCAGUCCUACUAUAUCUUUUUAGAGGAAAGAAACUCCUUAUUCCCACAAAAGGGUUUUUAGCCUGGCCUCCUUUUGUCCAAAGAAUACUGCGUGCCCGUAAGCUAAGCAGUGGCAUAAAGAUCCACUCUAAUGGAAAUUAGAGGCUGUUUUAGUGGAGUUCCAUGGGAGGGCUGUUGUUGUGGUGGUUCCCCAGUUUUGGAAAAUCCCAGCAUUUUGGUUCAGGGAACUCUUUGAUAUAUAAGCUGGUUCAUUACUCAAGUAUGGUUUUUUUUACUUAUUUUAAGAGUCACCUUAAGUUUGCUUUGUUGGUAGAAAGGCAGGGUAUCAAAUAAAACAACAUUGCAGUGGUUCCCUAAUGCAGAUGCUAUGUAUAGCCUUCUGCAGGAUCGUAAUGGAAUUUAGCCUUCAAUGUAUACCAGCUGUUUGUUUUCUCAGUAACCUGUUUUGGGUACAAGAUGAUGGCAACUGGGGUGCUUUCCUCCUCACUGCUAUAUUCACUGGCUUUAAGGGAUUGCAGGAAAAUAUUGGUCAAUACUGGCCAAGAGAGAUCAGAUAGUAUAAAAAAAAAUCCCAUAUAAAAUACUAUAUUGUUUAAACACUGACAAACUGGGAUAGACGGGCAAGAAUAUACCAACAGGUUUAUUUCUACUUCCCACAUUUUGGAGGAAAUGUUCUCCUUUCAAAUGUUCUUUGAAAUCAAGUAAUAAAGAUUACCUUAUGGUAGGCAAGCAAUACCUGAUCCAGAUAAAAGGUCACUUUGUAGUUCCCUCUAUCUUCUUGAAAGUAGCAUGACAUUGAUGCAGUACUCCCACUACAAUGUGUAAUAUAAAUCAGGUACUUCGAUUUGCUUCCCCCCCCCCCUUCACCAGCUUUAAAAGAUCCAACUCAAGUCAGAUGCAAAACAGUGGCUCGGAUAAAUAAGUUGGCCUAAUUCAUAUUAUAUACUAGUCUCAGGGUUUUAUCCCUGAAGAUACAGCAUGUUUGCACUAAUACACCAAAUGUGUUCAUUCCUGCCAGUAUCAGUUUUCAUCAUAGUGUCAUAUGCCCCACUUCUCUCUGUGGGACUGUUUUUUUAAAUGCUGAUUCAGUAUACUGCAGUCAUGCUAUUGAUUACAGCUAGUUUUAAGGAGCAUAUGUUGGUUCAAACAGUUCCAUUGCUGUUUUGAGCCACCAAAAGGUCAAUGUAACUCCCCUUUCUCUUACCCUUCUGCCAACAAAUGAAAAAGGAUUUCUUCAAAUAGUCUUUGGUGUAUAAACUGGGUACCUAGGUGGGUACUGUUCAUUAAUAAUAUUCUGAUUAUUUUAAUUAUGGGGUUUUUUACUUUCAGUAUUGUUGAUCAACUUGAGUUUUGUUAGUUGGAAAGGCAGAAUAUAAUUUAAGAAAUA